CAACAGAAUGUCUCAAUGGGGCAUCUUCUCCAUCAUGAUGACACAUGUGCUCGUCCUGUGAGAGGAGGCGCGUGUUGUAGAGAGGUUAAAAUUGACGCUUCCGGCCGGUUUCUCUCUUCAGCUCUCCGUUUCCCCGCAGACAGUCCUUCACUCAGCACAGCCAUGUCCAACGUUGCCGAUACCAAACUAUACGACAUUCUCGGGGUCUCCCCCUCGGCCACAGAAAACGAACUGAAAAAGGCUUAUCGAAAAUUAGCAAAGGAAUAUCACCCUGACAAAAACCCAAAUGCUGGCGACAAGUUCAAAGAGAUUAGCUUUGCAUAUGAAGUACUAACUAACCCAGAGAAGAAGGAAUUGUACGACCGUUAUGGGGAGCAGGGUCUGCGAGAAGGGGGCUGUGGAGGUGGUGGUAUGGAUGACAUCUUUUCCCAUAUCUUUGGUGGAGGCCUCUUUGGCUUCAUGGGUGGACAGAGCCGGAACAGGAAUGGUGGCCGGCGGAGAGGGGAGGAUAUGGUCCACCCCCUAAAGGUGUCUCUUGAAGACUUAUACAAUGGAAAAACAACCAAAUUACAACUGAGCAAGAAUGUUCUGUGUAGCACUUGUAAUGGCCAGGGAGGGAAGUCUGGUGCAGUCCAGAAGUGUAUAGCCUGCAGGGGGCGUGGUAUGCGCAUUAUGAUCAGACAGCUGGCGCCUGGUAUGGUCCAACAGAUGCAGUCAGUGUGUACUGACUGUAAUGGUGAAGGUGAGGUGAUCAGUGAGAAGGACCGCUGCAAAAAGUGUGAGGGCAAAAAGGUGAUUAAAGAGGUGAAAAUUCUGGAAGUGCACGUGGAUAAAGGUAUGAAGCAUGGACAGAAGAUCACCUUUGGCGGAGAGGCUGACCAGGCACCUGGCGUAGAACCUGGAGACAUUGUUCUGGUCCUGCAGGAAAAGGAGCAUGAGACAUACAGAAGAGAGGCCAGUGACUUGCACAUGACCCAUAAGAUUGGCCUUGUUGAAGCACUUUGUGGGUUCCAUUUCACAUUAAAACACUUAGAUGGUAGACAGAUUGUAGUAAAAUACCCAGCUGGCAAAGUCAUUGAACCAGGUUCAGUCAGAGUUGUUAGAGGAGAGGGCAUGCCACAGUAUCGCAACCCCUUUGAGAAAGGAGACUUGUUUAUUAAGUUUGAUGUGCAGUUCCCAGAUAACAACUGGUUAAGCCCAGAGAAACUGUCGGAGUUGGAGGACUUGCUGCCUACACGGGCCGAUGCGCCUGUCAUAUCUGGAGACGCAGAAGAGGUAGACCUGCAGGAAUUCGACAUGAGCCAGAGCUCCUCUGGUGGUCACCGUCGCGAGGCAUACAACGACAGCUCAGAUGACGAAGGAGGACACCAUGGCCCUGGAGUGCAGUGUGCCCACCAGUAAACCCGGCUGUCACAUGCAUCUUUCCAGCUCCCAACAGUGGGGAUUAAAAAUGUUCUAGUUGCACAACAAAUAAACAGGUGUGUUUCAAAUCUGAUUCGGGCUGCCUUAAAUGAAAUUACAAAUGGCCGUUCCUCACCACCUGAUUCCCUUAUAGUAAAUGCACAGAUGAUCCGCACCUAGUAAUUCUUUCUUGCCCGUCCUCCUCUCCUAGCCUGCCCCUCUAGUGGCAACCCCACUUCAGAGAGAAAAGGGUAAUUGCUCUGUACUCUGUGUAACUUGGAUUUUUUUUGUUGUAGUUGUUGUCAUAGUAUUCACAAGUUUAAAACUAACCGUAAAAUGCUAUUUUGACCCUGGACUUGAGACUUUUGGUUGGAGAGGAUUGACCCUUAUGGACAAGGAGAUAAGAGACCGAUCCUAAAACAAAAAAGCAAGAGAAUAAAAACGCCACCAUGGGACUUCAUCACAAUCCAUUUUUAGGUUUGUAUGUAUCUGUACUCAGUUUUUACCACUUUAUUUUAUUUGUAGAUUUUUGCUUUUUUCCUUUCUUCGAUAUUUUAAGAAUUGGAACGAGACUAUAACAUGUAUAAAAUGAAAGUAAUUGUCAUUUAAGCUUUGUGUCAGCUGCUGUCACAUUUGAGAGUGUGAUUUAUGUUUUGAACUAGUUGGAAUAAAAUCUAUGAUUGCCUAUAUUUGUCAGUAAUCCAGGUGCAUGUUGAGAACAUUUUGGUCCCUUCACUGAGUGAAACAUCUAUAUUCAAGAGAGAGAGGUCAUGCAUAAUGAAAUACAAGGAAAAUGAAGCACCUUUAGGUAUAUAACUUCGGUGACAAAGUUUUUGUUAAAUAAAAUGUCCUUCAAUAUCUCUUUAAAAUAAUCAAAA